AUGCCAACAAUCCUCACUCCGCAAGGAUGGGUCAAAGUUGCGCCCCCUCCGCCUCGUAAACGGCCAGUAAACCGCGAUCCCACUGCCGCUUUUCGGGGACCGUUGGCAUACUUGGCUUGUCAACGGAGCAAAUCCCCCAAUAUCAAUGUCGGCGGCGGAGGGAAUGUCAAAGGCAGGGCUCAGUUCCCGUAUGACCUGAGUGCAAGUCCCGAAAAUUUGAGACGACAAGGCGAGGCAUAUGCAAAUGCAAAUGCAAGGGCAGCAGACAGGAGUUUCUCCUCCUCCCCGGUCAUGCACGGGGCUCUUCACCCGAGCGACGACGAAGACGUGGACGAAGUUCCCGAACCAAAGACCCAUGUGCCUCCUCCUCCUCCACCACCACCACCGGCCGAGCCAGCAGAACAGUCAAAGCACAAGUCCAAGUCAUCCAAGUCAAGAUCAAGAUCCUCUCGACACCACCAUCACCAUGAUGACGACAGCCACUCCUCCGUCAGCUCUAGCUCGCGCCCCAGCUCGCACUCAAGCUCCACCUCCAGCAGUUCCAGUUCCAGCUCAAGCUCCUCCAGGUCCAGCAGGUCCAGCGCCGCGUCCAGCGUGUCCAGCGUGUCCAGCGCGCCUUCAAUCAAGUCGUACCACAGACCAGCACCUCCGGCGUUCGAAGCCAGGCGUCCUCCGCCGCCCGUGCCGGCCGCACCGAGAGUGCACUACUAUCCCAUGCCAAUGCCCCGGUACGAUCACUACGCGGCGCCACCCCCAAUGCCGCCGAUGUCGCCCAUGCCCAUGCCGAUGUCGAUGCACAUGCCCCUGUCUCUCCCGAUGGCACCACCAAGCAACACAGGUGCGGGUGCGAAUUCCAAAGCCGGUGCGAAUGGGCAUGCGAGGAGCAUGUCCUACAACUGGUACAAUGCCACCACGCCAUUGAACCUAGGUUGA